UUCUUUCUCAUAACACAUGAGAAUGGCUGCUUCUGCUCCUGAAUACUUCUUUUCAAACAAACUUCGUCAUGUACGACCGUACUAUCGUACGUAUAAAACGCCCGUUAAGGGCCGUUGGUUAGAUAGAACUCUUGUAGAAGUCUAUACUGAAGACCUUCAUCAUAAUCAAGAUCGAACUGAAAAGCAAAUCCAUAAUGGAGGCAUAUACAUUCUCCAGAAUCAUGGACAAAAGACAGGUUCAGCUAGAGUGUCUGGCUGGGAUAACCUAAGUCAACGUAGACUCCAAAGACAUGAUAUUGUGUGUAACUUAGCCCAUAUACAUGAACCAUCAGUACCGUAUAUGGAAUCUGAGGUUGUGUAUGAAGAUGAUGAUUUAUAUGUAGUAAACAAACCAAGCGGGAUCCCAACACACCCUACAGGUAGUUUCUUCUACAACAGCAUGACCGAGAUCCUUAAGAGUAACCUGGCCGAUGUUUCGAGUAAUAUUUUCUUACCAUGUCAUCGUCUUGAUAGAGCCACUCUGGGGAUAUUAAUUCUUGCUAAACAUUCUAAAGCAGCAGCUCAAUUUGCAGUUAAUAGCAAAACUUCCAAUGUAGCACCAAAGAAAGAGUAUUUGGCCCGAGUGAUGGGGAAAUUCCCGGAAGGUACUUAUACGGUGAUGGCACCUAUCUUUAAUCUCAAUGCAGCUGGAGGAUUCAUUGGACAAUCAAACUCGAGUCAACUCCCUGCAGACUCAACCACAGAAUUCACAAGACUUCAAUAUAGCCUGGAACUUGACCAAAGUGUUGUGCUAUGUAAACCGAUUACUGGCAGGACCCACCAGAUCAGAAUUCAUUUAAGAAACGUAGGCCACCCAAUUGUAAAUGAUCCAUUCUAUAACGAAAAUAUAGCUUCAGAUAGUACCAAGAUAAACAAUUCUAUAGAGCUUGAACUAUACUCACGGAUUAACCAUAUUUACCCUCAAUUCAAUACGUUAUUGACGGGAACUGCUUUAGAGCAAGAAUAUAUCCCUCCAGCAACAAUAAAUUUCCCAUCGAUUACAAGAUUUGAUCUGGAUAAUGAACUCCAGACGAAACUCCUGGAAUUGAAAGCUUUAAAGCAAGAGGAAUUUGCCAAGUCCAAGAAUGCUGGUGGAGUCUGUCCUGAAUGUAAUCAACAGACCCACGAAGAACGCAGUGUGGAGACUAUGAAUAUCUGGUUACAUUCAUACAGAUACCUGUACGAGAGGGGAGAUAAACGUUUUGAAACAAGCCUUCCUGAUUGGUACCAUGUUUAGAUAGUCAUUAUGUAUAUUAAUUUAAAAGUAUAUGUACAUGAGAAGGUUGAGUCCUCUGGAGCUGAUAGUUUACCUUGUAGAGGAUACUCUGGUAUAAUUACGAGUAACUUAAUGCUUUUGCAUGUAUGAUUGGUGACCUUAGUAGAGAGUUGGUCAAAUCCCAGA